UCGACUGGCGUGAGGAAAAUAUCAGCAGCUAUAUAGCAGUAGCAGUAGCAGAAGGCAAAUGAUUGAGUGAAAAAUAAUGCAACAAAGUUUUAUGGAUGGAAAACUUAGUGAGGCAAUCAAAAAGAGGCGAUUAGUGUAGAAAAAAUAUUGCAAUGAUCAUUGGAUUGGAUUAUUUUCUAUUGGCAGUGAAUGUGGGUGAUUUCGAUCGAGAUUAGUGUGUGAUUAUUGAUGGCAAAUGAAACCCGAAACGCAGUGAGCAAGUCGUCAUUUUUCAGUCGUCAUUAUUCGAAAUAUUUUCCUCAGUGAGCGUGAACUGCGAGUCGUGGAAGGAAAAGGAAAAAGGAGGAUUGUAGGGGAGAAAAAGAAAAAAAUCAGCUUGCGAGAGCGAGAGGGUGUGGAAAAGCAGAAAGGUUCAACAAAGAAAAGUGUCGAAGUGCUCGAGCUACUAAAGAGUACAGUGGCAGUGCAGGGUUCGUCGGGGGAAGAGAAGCAAGCAGGGAGACAAGUUCUCUUUUGCUUUUUUCAUCAUCAAAUGGCUGACAGCAGUGUAAAUGCAAAGUGUAGUGAUGGUGUUUCGUAUUUUGAUAGUUCAGUAAAGGGAAAAAUGACUUCACAUAACAAUUCGGCAAACAAUUCGCAAGCAAGUAACGGAAGCGCUGGAGGAGCUGGCGCUGGCUCUUCCGGUUCCCAAGUGGCUAUGGUCGACCGUCUCAAACUGUUGUAUCCGAACGUCAACGAGACCGUCGAUCCGCUGCCCCGUUCCUGGAGUUCCCAAGACAAGUGCACCACCAUCGGACUGACCCAAAAUAAUCUACGUGUUCAUUACAAAGGAGUUGGAAAAUCACAUACAGACGCAGCAUCAGUGCGUACGCCAUUCCCUAUCCCAGCAGCAUGUGGGCUGUACUAUUUCGAGGUGAAGAUAAUCUCCAAAGGUCGUGACGGCUACAUGGGCAUCGGGCUGACUGCACAUCCACACUUUAAAAUGAAUCGGUUACCGGGUUGGGAUAAGCAAUCGUAUGGAUACCACGGAGAUGAUGGAAAUUCGUUCUGUUCGUCCGGUAAUGGUCAACCGUACGGACCCACCUUUACCACCGGUGAUAUUAUUGGUUGUGGUGUAAAUUUAGUCGACAAUACCUGUUUCUACACUAAAAACGGUCACCAUCUAGGAAUAGCUUUCAGAGAUUUACCGCCACGAUUAUAUCCCACAGUGGGACUGCAGACCCCUGGUGAAGUGGUGGACGCAAAUUUCGGCCAGGAACCAUUCAAGUUUGACAUCGAAGACAUGCUGAAGGAGUUGCGGGCGGCGACCAAAGCCACUAUUUAUAAUUUCCCCCUGCCGGAUGAUCAGGGCGAUUGGACUGUGAUCUUGCACAAAAUGGUUUCAUCGUAUCUUGUGCAUCAUGGCUAUAGCUCGACAGCGGACACCUUCGCACGUACCACCGGCCAGUCACUACAAGAAGACAUGGCGUCGAUAAAGAAUCGACAAAAAAUAAUCAAACUUGUACUAUCGGGGCGCAUGGGACAGGCAAUUGAGCAUACUGUACGCUUAUAUCCAGGUCUACUGGAGUCGAACCAAAAUCUGCUAUUCAUGCUCAAAUGUAGGCAGUUUAUCGAAAUGGUGAACGGAUCUGAUUUCGACCUCGUAAGUACUUCGAAUCCUCUUUAUAGCGGUUCAACUCACACGAGUCCAGUGCAAACGUCAGUUAUACAAUCGACGAAAAGUUAUCAAAACGGAAACACGGUUAUCCCGGAUGACGCUGACAAUCAGGGGUUUAGCAAAAAUAACGUCCUCAGUAAUAACGGCACAUGUAUCGAAGACGACUACUCUAAUGACGUAGAGAUGGAGAAUGGUCACACGAAUAACGUAAAUAGCUCGAACGGCUACAAAAACGGAACGUCUAACAGCAAUCUCAACGAUUCGCUCGACGAUGACGAUGAAGAAGAUGAAGAUGGCAGGGACGUGGAUAUGGAUGUGGAUUCGUCGUUGUCGCCAAAUUGCAAAUCAACCAACACCGGUGUGUCACGAUCCGGUGUCGAAAGGAUGCUUGAGUUCGGAAGAGAACUGUUUCAAAUGAGCCAACGAUUAGAAAAGGAGAAUGGAGUUAACGAAACUAAUCAAAAAAUGUUAGAGGAUGCAUUUAGUUUAUUAGCGUAUUCUAAUCCCUGGGCAAGCCCACUAGGUUGGCAACUAUGUCCGUCACGUCGUGAAUCCGUGUGUGCUGCCCUUAAUUCUGCCAUAUUAGAAUCGAUGAGCUAUUCGUGGCGGCCGCCGCUGGAAGUGUGUAUAGCACACGCAUGCGAACUUCUUCGUUUGAUGUCCAGUUCAUCCCUUGGCGCGUGCGCUUUCGUCAGUGUAGAGGACGUUCUUACGCAGCAACAACACCAUUGACUACACCUAUUUCUUCAGCUGUCCUCUUAUUUCAACGUUUAAACUCGACUGCGCCAAACUUCACCCGCGUAUCCAUAGGAUGUGGUCUAUCUACUGUUCCCACUAGCCACUGCUUACCCGAAUUUUUCCAAUCGUUUGUAUUAUUUUUUCCGUAUACCUACCAUCCUACCGUGCAAUGUUUCUAAUUAUGGAAAGCUAUGCCUAAAAUAUUGGUUCGGAACAAAUAGGAAAUUCUUGUAGAGAGAUGUACUUUUGCCGUUUGAUUCAUUGUUGAUUGUAGGUACCUCAUAAUUUAUUUUUAUUAUGCGUUAUUGAAGUCGCUCCACAGUAUAUAAUGAACCCAUAUGCCUCUUUUCUUUAAUCAAUGUUCCAACUGCUAGUUCUUCUAGUCUAGCUCCGCUCACUGCUGUGGGACAGUAGCAACAGAGUCGAAUCGUGUUUAGCUCUCCGAAGAAAAAAUUGUAGAAAGAAAUCAAUUUUGUUUAUAUUAAUAUUGUUUGCCUGAUAUUUUAUUGUAAAACUGCUAUUUUUUUUGUUUUAUUUUAGUUGAAUUUUCAGUUUACAUGAAUUUGUGGUAGAGUCUAUGAACAACACACACUUGCAUACUUCAAAAAGAAUGAAUAAAAUGAAUACCAACUUGGAAAAGGAUAAUCGAGUUGAUAGCAACAAGCAAGGUUAUAAUACACAUAGACACGUACACAUGCAUAGAAACGUGAAAGGAAGCAAAUAAUUAAGGCUAGAUUAUAAGACGAUGACAAAAAUAAGUGAAAAUCGAUCUAAUAACUAUAAAUAUUAAAAUAUUUACAAUAAAGAUUGAAAUAAAGUUAAUCAAGUGAACAUUGCAAAUAAUUUCCUUAUUUUCAAUUUAAAUUGGCAUUCACUUUAGUAAAUUUACCAUUAGGAGUUCAGUGCCCUGCUCGACAAUUUUCAUUAUUUGUUAAAACUAAAACUUUAUAAUUUAAAAAUUAUUUUUUAAUGUGUAAUGUUCUAUUGCAUUGUACACGCUGCUGUCAUUGUAUGAAUCCGCUCAAUGAUAAUUGUAAACUGUCAAUACUGCACAUUUCAAAUAUAGUUUUUGAUUGGUCUCUCAUUUUCGCGAGCGUUAAAGGUGUGUUCUAUAUCUGCCACUGUCAUCUUCCGAUCUAGCUUUGAUUCACUACAUCAACAGAAAUAGCUUUCCUUUUCAAACAGGAGAAUGAUCAAUGAGUGUUUUUGGAUCAAAAUUUAGUUAAAUGUUGUUUUGGCGUAUCAAAAACGAAAAAUCCAACGAGAUAUGAAUUGCGGCUUUGAGUUUGUGUGCAUCUGGAAGCGCGAUAGUUGAAAUCGUUUCACCAUUGAUAUAUCUAGAUUGUGUCUUCCAGAAUGUAUAUUUCUCCCCGAAGUAUAGACAGUGUCUUUACUCCCGUGUGCUUGUUAGUUUUCGAACACUGUUACCAUUUUUCGAUAUAGCCUUU